AUGGCCUCAGAAAAUAAUACCAGACCCAAAAGGCCCAACUUUCUGAUCAUCGUCGCCGAUGACCUUGGAUUCAGCGACUGUGGAUGCUUUGGAUCCGAGAUACAAACACCAAACAUUGAUUCCCUGGCUGAAGACUCCACCGGAGGUCUACGGUUCACUUCAUUCCACGUCGCAGCCGCAUGUUCUCCAACGCGCUCUAUGUUGAUGACCGGGACUGACCACCACAUUACCGGGUUGGGCCAGUUAUCCGAGUUCAUCCGGAGCUCGCCUGCUCAUCAAGGAAAGCCCGGUCAUGAAGGGUAUCUGAACGACCGAGUGGUAGCUUUACCGGAGCUGCUUCGUGAUGGCGGAUAUCACACUAUCAUGUCUGGAAAGUGGCAUCUCGGGUUGAAGCCGGAAUACAGCCCUCAGGCGAGAGGGUUCCAGAAAUCCUUCGCUCUUCUGCCCGGCUGUGCAAAUCACUACGGCUGGGAGCCUCAAUAUGAAGACAUCAUCAACGAGCCUGGGCGUUUCUUUGAGACUGCUGUUACAGCGCUCCAUAUGGAGGGAUCUGAUUAUGUCUCUGACCUUCCGGAGGACUUUUACUCAUCUGAUUUCUAUGCUACGAAGUUGAUCGAGUACUUGGAAGAACGCACCGACUCCGAGAAGGAGAAACCCUUCUUCGCGUAUCUCCCUUUCUCCGCACCCCACUGGCCCCUGCAAGCGCCCAAAGAGUCAGCCGAUAAAUACCGGGACUUCUACACCGCAGGACCUGAUGUCCUCCGCACCCAGAGGCUGCAGCGACUGAAAGAGUUGGGGCUAGUGAGCCGCGAUAUCAAGCCGCACGACGUCGUCACGGUCCCCGGCGAACCAGCCGCAUGGACUGAACUGAGCGACGACGAGCGUGCGCAGUCCGCACGCGCAAUGGAGGUGUAUGCCGGGAUGGUCGACCGAAUGGACCACAACAUUGGACGCGUGCUAGAUUACCUGCGGGCGACUGGCGAAUACGACAACACAUACAUCUACUUCAUGUCGGACAACGGCGCCGAGGGCGCGAGCUACGAAGCCCGCGACAUCAUCGGGCCCCGUGUAACGGAGCACAUCCAGAAGUACUACGACAACUCGCUGGACAAUAUUGGCCGUUAUAACUCUUUUGUCUGGUACGGGAGCCGGUGGGCUCAGGCGGCGACUGCACCGUCCCGACUGUACAAGAUGUUCUCGACCGAGGGGGGCUGUCGUGUGCCGCUUGUGCUGAAGCCUGCAAAGCGCUUUGUGCAGGAUUGCAGCGUCGGUGGAUCUAAGGGUGGCGCAAUUACCGACGCGUUUUGCACUGUGAUGGACGUCGUUCCUACGAUCUUGGAGCUGGCCGGCCUCCAACAUCCGUCCGAGUAUAGAGGGAAGCCGGUGGCUCCUGUCCGGGGAAAGAGCUGGAAGGCGUAUCUGGAUGCUCUCGCUUUAGGUCGUUCCGAUCGCAACACGUCUAUCCAUCCGGAGGAUCAUGUCACUGGAUGGGAGAUUGCAGGCAGUGGUGCUUUGCGGCAAGGCCGGUACAAGAUCACUUACGUACCGCACCCACACGGCCCACAACGUUGGGAGUUGUUUGACAUCAUUGAAGAUCCAGGGGAGACUACGGACCUUAGUGGAUCUCGACCAGAGAUUUUCGAGAAGCUUCUGGGUCUCUGGACUCAGUAUAAGGAUGACGUUGGAGUGGUAGGACUGGCAGGUGAGGAGCUAGACCCGUCAAAGGGCGACAACAUGGAUGAGUUCCAGGACACUGGGAAAUGGAUUCGAUUCCUAGGCAAAAAAGAGAUCCCUGAGCAGAUCAGGGCACAGAUGGCCGUUUAA